AAAACAAUAAUGGAAGAUAAUGUAUUAAUAGUUUGUUGUUGGGAAGAAGGGAACUUUGUUUUUAGAUAGACCUUGUACUGAACCAUUGGACAGACUCAGUUGGAUUUAUGUAACAGACACCAAGGUAAGAAAGAAAUGGCAGGUAACUGUGACUUCUUCUCUGAUUGCCUGGAUGAAGUGGCACUAGAAGGUCUAGAUGGUAUCACACUUUCUGCUCUGUGGACAAGAUUGAAGAAAAGGCCUAACUUUCAGUUUCCAAUAGAUGAUGAUAGUAAGCAGUUUAUUUGGGAAGCUCUUGUCCUUCAUGAAAAUAUCCAACUAUAUGAACUGCCAAAUCCCAGGCCUCCGUUGGUUAUCUUCAACAGAUAUGACUACCUGGAUAUGGAAGAUGGUGUUGUAGUAGAACCAGAAAAUUUACCAGAAGAUUGUUAUCCUAUAACGAUAAUCAACAGAGAUGGAAUUAGGGGUUCAUGUUCCACUUUUUCUUCAAGAAGAUUGAUAACAUCUGAAGUCCGUAAUAAUAACCAAAUUCUUAUUACCCAUAAUGAGGCUGUUGAAAAGUGGGGUGAAAAACUUGUGUUUGUUGCAGACCAGAGAGUACGUGAAACUGCACUUAUUGGAACUGAAGUGAGUCCAUGUUUGGAACUUUCUAGUGAACAGUAUUGCAUGCUGGAAAGGAUUGGUCGUUCUCGUUACCAGGGAGAGGUUACUCAAGGGAAACAAAGCUUGCAGGUAAUAAAUAGCUCACCUAAAACUUUAUAUUACUAUAGAAAACCUCUCCUUCGGAAAGGAAUUAUUACUAAACAAACUCACCACUUGAAGUAUGGAAAUAAUAAUACUGCUACUGGAAGUCUUCUUCAUCUUGCACGAUUCUUUGUGGAAGUCAUGCCCAAGAUGCAAGUAAUGUUGAAUCAACUUUGUGAGUCUCUUUCUUUAAAACCAAACAAAAGAGAAGUUUUCCAUAAGGUGCGUAACGAGCUUGGAAUGAAAGAGGCAAGUUUUAAGAAAUUGUUUUUUAAACCCUACGGAAGAAACCUGAAAACAUUAAUGUUACCUUACAGAGAAAUGUAUCCUGAAGCAUCUAAAGCAGAAGCUUUUACAUUGAGUGGAAAGGAAAGGCUUGUUAAAGUUGCUGAGUUAGUUGAGUCUCGGGAAAAUCAUGAAGGUGAAGAAUAUCCUGAUGAAGAAGAAAAAGAUGAAGAUGAAUCUGUGGGAAUAAGCUAUGAUCCCAGCAAAUUUGUGUAUGAUCGUCCUCUUUUAAAUCAAGUCUAUGAUAUAUUAAAAGCAGAAGGAGCAGAUGGUAUUUCACAGUUGGAUAUAUCAAAGAAAAUGGGAUUGCCAAAGUUAGAAAGUAGGCUUGUGUGUAGAAAUUUAGAAAGAAAAGGUGUUGUAACAACAUUCAUGAAGGAUUUAGGAAGACAAAGAAUCACAACAUAUAUUGCUAAGUGUUUUGAACAGAAAUCGGAAUCUCACAAGAAACUGUUGGAAGAAAGAAAAAGAAUUCUUGAACUUUCCAAGGAUGUUGCACAAGAAAAUCUACCCUGUUCUUCAGAGUUAAAUAUUUCUGAGCCCAUCCAAGCAGCUAAUGAUAUUUUACAGGAGAAGCCUGGGGCUGAACAUCUUUCUAAGGUGACUGCAGAAGGCCCUAAAGUGGAACCGGAAGUAAUGCAAAGUAAAACACGUUCUUUUAGUAUAACAGAAGAAGUGAAGCACAUGUAUGACAAUGCACGCAAAGACACAGCCCAUGUCACUUUAAGAAUGCUAAAGAGGGCUACUUUAGUAAUAGAAGCAGUGAAGAAGGAAAAACUGAUUGAUGAUGUAUUUAAACUUCAGAAAUUAGUAAUUGAGGCUGAAGCUCAAGAAGGUUCUCUUCAAAAAGUUGACAAAAAAUCAAUGAAUCGACUGAUAUCCAGACUUGCAAAAGAUGGUUAUGUUAGAAGUAUAAAAACUAUCCUUAAAUUAGGCGAACAAAUUAAAAAACUUCACUUUGUGUGUGAUCCUAGUAUUACAGUUCAUGAUGCUCUUGUUAAAAGUACAAUUGAACAGGCCAAGUUUAAGUAUUUUGGUGUGAGUAAACAGCAGAUGAAAAAUGCUUCUGAAAAAAAUAAAUUAUUUGAUGGUACAGAUAUUAGUAACUUGAGCCAACUUCAAAGCAAGUAUGAUAAACAAACAAAGAUGGAAUAUGUUCCAUCUAUUGGCAGAGUAUUUGGUGUGGGAGCAAAGUUUCUUAGGAUGAAAACUCUUCAUUUGUUGCUGUACUAUUUGGUGUAUGAUUAUCAAGGUCAGGACUCUCUUUUGCAAGAAGGAAAUCAUCCAAAAAUAUACAACACUGAAAGAAAUUGGAAAAUGUUUAUUCCACCUCUUCCUAAGCAUCGUGGAUUUGAGAAGGGUUGGUGUUUGUUUAGUGAUGUCUUAUUGGCCAUGCCCUUAUCAAUAUUUGUGAAAAUUGUGAAUAUUACCUACAAAAUUGAUGGUCUACAGGAAUAUUUAAAACACCCAAUACAAUGUCAUUACCUUAUUAGACAUAUUCCCCAACAUCUUCGAAAUGCGUUACUGUAUGCUCGUAGAUACAUAUUUUCUGCACAUGAAGUAGCAAUGAAACUUAGCUUUAUGGGUCUUCUCAGCUUUGGACCUCACAAACACAAAGAAAAGGACCAGAUGUUUAUCUAUGUUCACCAACAUUCAUCCAUUAGUGAUACCACUGCUUCACCUCCUAGUUAUGUCCAUGUCUCACAGGACAUAGUGUAUCAGAAGAAAUGCUAUACUUUCUCCAGCAUUGACAUAGUGGAGCAUUAUUGGAAUGAUUUACAGGAUAUAUGUUUGCACACUCCUCUAGGAAAGCCCAACUGUGUACGUGGUCAGGAAAUCCCUUUCAUGAAUCUGUUUAAAAAACCAGCCAUGAUUGAAGCUUCACGCAACAAGGAACCAGAAGAAAUACUGGAUGAUGGAUCUCAACCAGGUGAUAAUUUGGGUGCUGGAGGAUUAGACUCUAGCCUGUUUGCUCACCUAAAAAGGAACUGGGCAGGAAAUAAUUUGGAAUAUCAUCUUCCUCGCAAAGUUCCAUGUAUGCGUCAAGAAUCAGGACAAGGCACUGUAGGUAUAAGCUACUUAGAGUACUUGAGGAGUAGUAGUUCUGCUGUUAAACCACUUUUAGAUAAUAAAAAACGUCUUGGUCGUUUGAAAAACAAUACUGGACUUUCUGUCUAUGCCCCUCAAACAAAAGGGUCAGAAAAAGCUCCGUUAUUAAAUGUUUCUGUUGAAUCAAAGGAAAAGGUUAAAGCCAAACGAAAAAUUGAAAAUCAACAAAAUGAAAAUCUUCCCAAGAAAAAGAAAAAAUCGGACAUAACUAUUCGAAAAAUUCAAGGAAGAAAAAAAAAGGAGAAAAGGCCAUUUUAUGACGAGAAAGAUAAAGCUGCUUUAAUGUGCAUGUCAAAACUAAGAGUAGAUUGGAAACCUGAAGAAGACAGUUUCAUUCUUUUAGGAAAAGUUGCAUCUUGUUUUCUUAAUCCUAAUUAUCCAAACAUGGUGGUUCGUUGGACAAUGAUCAGAGACCUGCUUCAUAAACAUUUGCCUGCAGUUAGCCGUAACAAGACCUCACGGGCUUGCCAAAGGAGGUUACGUUAUAUGAUGCUCAACCCAGGUACAGUUUCUAAUGUUUCUGUGUUUUUGGGGGAAGCUCGACAGGACCAGAACCUUGUUCAGGAGUUCCAUGGCCCCAAACCACCUUUAACUCAUGAGGAAAAAUGGAAUACCAUGUUUAUUUCUGUUAUGGAGAAAUUACUGGAAAAGUUUAAGAUAAAAGAUGUAAAAAAAAUUGAUGAAAUGAUUCUUCCAUCAACUAUUGAAGAGCUUUUAGCAAAGUACGAAAUCAGUCUUUCAGGAAGUCUAGGAAAUAAAAAACCUCUUUAUGAAGAGCCAAAAAAUAUUGUUGACAUCUACUAUGCUGUUGCACAGACCAUUGUAAUUGCAUCAUUGUGUACUGUUGGAGACAAGAGUAAUUGGUCUUAUAUUUUGUAUGAAAUAUACCAACAAUAUCCAGAAAAUCUUUUGAGGUAUGUAGUCAGUGGAUUGCAAAAUGAUCAGCUAAUUGCCAAACGUAAAGGCUUUCAUCAUACUGGAACACAUUCAACACCAUUGUCAUCUGUACCUUAUCGGUUAUCUGUGACUUUUGAAAACACUUUUAUUACUCGUUAUCAGCCAGAAAUAUAUACAGAAGCAUGGGAAUUAGUGAAGGAAGGUAAGACCAACUUAACUGGGGACCUAAAGCCAGGAUAUUGUGCAGCAGUUAUUGGACUGCUGGCCUUGAGGAAAUUGGUUUUUCAACUUCACAUUCCUGACCAAAUAAUUAUGCUUGAUACAAAUUUUGGAGAGGAUCCUCAGCCAGAAGCCAUGUUACAGGUGGAGAAAAUGGAUAUGGAUACAAAACAGACCAAAAGUGAUCAAUUACCCACUGAAUCAAAUGUUGAAACUGAUGAAUUGGGGUGUAACAAUUCUGUAACUAAUGGAGUGAAAGGUUGUGGGAUUGUGAAAAGUAAUUUCACCACGGAUUGUGAGAAAAAUAAUCCAGUUAGCAGCAUUCAAUUUGAAACAACUACAGUUUCCAAAGCUUCACGCUUUGCUCUAUACAUGAUGCAACAACAGCUGAAUAAGGUAAUUCUUACAGAAAAAAUCCAACAUGUACAGGAUUCUUUUGUCAUUAAUUCUUGUAGGAUUACUUGCCAGCUAAUACACACAAGUCAUGAAACUGAGGCUUCUAAUGUAUCAAAGCAAUCCAUUAAAGAUGUUAUUAACUCUCAGCAAAUAUACUUGCCAAAAGAACUGUUAGAACCCAGCUUGGAUUGCCUUGAAGAAUUUUACAGUAAAAACAAUUUUCCCCCAAAAGAUCUAGAAAUUUGUAAAUUUAUAUAUGAAUACAUACAACAAAAAAAAGAAUUUGGUGCUACAGAAGUAGAACUGUUGGAAAUGUUCAUAAAUUCAGAUGGGAUUUUAAGUGUUAAAGAUCAUUUAUUCUUCCUGUGUAAGCAUUUCUUUAUUUUAAAGGUUGGGGUUAAAAUUUGGCGGUAUGUUUCUUUUUCACACACUAAGCCAUGGAUUGUGUCCUCAGUAAAAAUCCCUAAAGAACUUAGAUCAUGGUUUUCUGAAAAUUACCAAAUGAAAAGUUCUGUAAAAGACAAAAUUGCAACAACUACUGAUAGCUUGAUGGAAACCUUGUCAAGACAGGAUGUAAAAUAUUCUGUUCCUGUGAAAAAGUCUAGACUGGACUUAUCAAAUAGUAGUCCUGAAAAAAAUGUAGACAAUACUAGACAAAAAUGUUCUGUUGAAGAAAUUGAUGGAAAUUAUGGCAACAAUAGCAAGCAGAACUACAAGGAACCGUGUUCUACAGAAACAACUGCUACAGUAGACAGUGACAGUAACAAGCAGAGAGAGCACUCUUUAUGUUCAACAGAAGUUACUGAACUUGAAGAAAAAGAUAGUGACAAACAGGAUCUGCAAGCUUCAUGUUCUGUGGAAAUAACUAACACUACAGAUGAGAAUAGCAACAAGCAGAAUCAGCAAGCUUCAUAUUCCUUAGAAAUAAUUGAUGUAACAGAUAGUGACAAGCUGGUUUCAUGUUCCACAGAAAUAGAUGAUGCUGUGGAAGGAGAUUGUGGCACUCAGAAACAGCAAUCUUUAUGUUCUAUGAAGACAACUAAUGAUGUUGAAGGAAAUAGUGACAAGAAGGAUCAUCAUGCCUCAUGUUUUCUAGAAAUAGGUGAUACUGCAGAACGAGAUAGUGACAAGAAAGAACAGAUAACUUUAUGCUCCACAGAAAUAACUGACAUUCCAGGUGUCAGUCGUAAUAAGCAGCAUCAACAAGCGUCAGAUUUCAUUGAAAUAACUAAUGCCGCAAGAGGUGAUAAUGGCCUGCAAAACCAGCAAGCUUAUAAUUCUGUGGAAGUAACUGAUCCUACAGAUGGAGGUAGUCACAAAGAAGAUCAGCAGACUUUAAGUUCUGUAGAAAUAACUGAUUCAGCAAGUGAUGGCAAACAUACUUCAUGUUCCAAAGAAACAGCUAAUGCUGUAGAAGGAGAUAGUUACAACCAGAACAAGCAGGCCUUGGAUUCUAUGAAACAAACAAAUGAUGUAGGUGGUAACAAGAAGAACAAGCAAGUUUCAUAUUUCACAGAAAUAACUGAUGCUGGAAAAGGUGAUAGUGUUAAGCACAACCAACAGGCUUCGUGUUCCUCAAUAAUAACUAAUGCAGCAGAUGGUGACAAGCAGAAUCAGCAAGCUUUAUAUGUCACUGAAGUAACUGAUGCUACUGAUGGUUACUAUGACAAAGAAAAUGAAAGAAAUGAUAAAGUAAGUAAACUGGAAGAUAGUGAUGAGCCUGUAGAUUAUGAUAAUCAUCAUAAUGAGGUCAGAACAUGCAUUUUAUCAUCUGAAGGACUCUCUUCCAUGGAAGAAGUGGAUAGGCAGCAGAAAGCUUCAACUUCUGUGAAAAAAUGGGGAGAAGGAUAUGAAAUUGGUUUAAAACAGCAGGACCCAGCAUCAUGUUGUUUGGCAGAAAUUGAUAAAAGAGGAGGAAGUGCUGACUUGCAUCAAGAUCAAGCUAUAUGUGUUAAAAAAAGGGAUGCAGUUGAUGGAAACACAGUAAAAGGAAAGAGAUUUACAGAUGUUUUUACAGUAGAUACUCAGUCAUCUGAUGUUAUUAAACCUGGUUCUACAGAUGAAAAAGAACCCCAGGUUUUGUCUAGAAUGGUGAGACGCCGCCGAUGUCGAGGCAUCAGUAGUUUACAUCAUGGCUUCAGUUGUGAUCGUUUAGAGAAGGUUUCUUUUAUAAUUCGACCAUGGAGAAAACCCGAUGGGAGUUUAAACAGACCAAUAUUGAAAAAAAUGUUGUGUGCAGUUUUGUCUUACAUCAUGACAUUCCCUGGAAUUAAGCAGGAUGACAUAUGUGACCACUUCACUGGGGCUUUGAAACCCAUUUACACACUGGAGCUACUAGAAAUUCUCCAAGAGCUGAAGUGUGUGUGUAGUUUUACCUUAGUUGAUUCACAUGAACCAUCACUGUUUUCAAGUUUGAUCCAGUACCGUAUUGAAUUGGACAAGAACCAUUAUAAGGACAUGUAUUACGAAGCUACAGUGGAUGCUAUUCUUAAGCUUGGAGAAAUGGUGGAUGAGCUUGUAAAUAGAUCUCAGUAAAAUUAAGAUAUGAACUGUAACUCUCUCAAAUGAGAGGAAAGAUUAUAAUGAGGAUUUAGAAGACUGUUGUAAAUUUAAUGAAGCAAAACAAGUUUGUACAUCUCUAUAAUGUUGAAAUCAUAUGUGAGGUUUGGAAAUUAAUGUGUGUUAUAUAAGAAUAAUUAAGCUUUUAAUUGCAAUAUUACAUAAAAUUUAAUCUUGGGAAAAUUCUUGAAGGACUUAAAGUGAGUAAUGUAUGUACAGUUGAAUAAUGUUUUGACAUUACUUAUUUUCUACAUAUAAAAGUGAUUGUAACUAUAAUAAAAUUGUGUUUUGUCCUUUGUGUAA